AUGUCAACGAACAUCACCUGGCAUGCCGGUCUCACACGGAAGGAGCGAAGCGAGCUACGAAAGCAGAAGGGAUGCACGGUAUGGUUCACAGGACUGUCUGCCUCCGGCAAGUCCACCAUUGCGAUAGCGCUUGAACAACACCUCCUCCACCAAGGUCUCGCAUGCUACAGACUGGACGGUGACAAUGUGCGCUUCGGUCUCAACAAGGACCUUGGCUUUUCGCCAAAGGAUAGAGAAGAGAACAUUCGACGGAUAGCAGAGGUAGCGAAGCUAUUCGCAGACUCGACAACAAUCGCUUUGACAUCGUUCAUCUCGCCUUAUAAGGCCGACCGCCAACUCGCGCGCGAACUGCACGCCGACACCAAGAAUACCGACUCGCCUUUACCAUUCAUCGAGGUCUUCAUUGACAUUCCAGUAGAGGAAGCCGAGAAGCGCGACCCGAAAGGCUUGUAUAAGAAAGCCAGAGCGGGUGAGAUCAAGGAGUUCACGGGCAUUAGUGCGCCGUACGAGGCUCCGGAGAAGCCUGAGAUUCACAUUCACAGUGAGAAGACGAGCGUUGAAGAGGCGGUGCGGAUUAUUACAAAGUAUCUUGACGAGCAGGGACUGCUGAAGUCUGGUUAACGGAAGUUGACAUCUUUUGUCCUGUUGAAGCGUGGCAUGUAGAUUCUGUCAUCUUGAUUAAUGGCUGCACCCCGCCGUCACCCGCCCUCGCGCCAUCGUGUUAUGCCAGUGGUAUCGAAGGUGCGAGGCGGACCACCUUUCAAAUGAUCCGUACAUGAAUCUUGUCGAGAUCCGCCACCUCGAGCUCAGGUUCGAACCCCAUGUCAUAAAAGCAGCCGAGCUUUUUGGAGCUUCCAUUU